GUGGGAUAUCGACUCAAAACUCAUCUUUAAUUCCUUCAUUGUCUUCGGUCAUUGUGUUAAUCCUGGUCAUCAUGGUUAUAAUAGCUGUCUUUGUGCUUAGACGCAGGAGGUUCCGAGAUCCGAAGGUGACUGAGCCAGUGGAUCAAGAGGAGGACGACCCCAAUUUGUACAACAACCCAGUCUACUGUUCUAAAGAUGACGGUCUUCCUGUUCCAGAUCUUAUCAUCAGUACGAACUCCCACACCGGCAGUGUAUCCCAAGCACGGCAUCCGUCAACUUACAUGGACAAUCAAUAUGAAGAGUUUGAAGGCGAUCAUCACCCUGUAACCAACGCAGAUGGUUCUGCAUCACCUCAUGAUGCCCUUAGAGACACCACGUCAGAGAGUAACACGUUGAACUCGACCCCAUAUUAUACACUCGCAAUUCCAUCCAAUCAGGGUGGAAACAGUAAGGCCCUUGACGAAGGAGAGUAUCAUACUUAUGAACAAGCCCAAGGACCACACACCUCAAAUAAGCCCGGUAAAAUAAACGAGGGACAAACAGGAACCGAUGACGUUUAUCAGGAGUUGAACAGUACGUCAAUAUCAAUGGAUCCAUACUCUUCCCUUGCUAGUCCGAACAGCGGCUUGCCCAAGACAGAACUGCAGACUGGUGUCAAACAGGGACACUCAGAUGGUCCUGCUGUUCUCAACGAUGACGAGGAGUACAAUGCGCUUACGUUUAAUCAGUCAUCAGAUAUAACGCGGGCGAUGAAGAAACCAACGUCUGGUGAUGAAGGUGUGAACAAUGGGUAUGGUGUCUUGGACCUGGCAGAACAGAAAGACUCCAAGCUGUUUGUCAACUCUCCCCAACUUCACAACGACGAUGUGUACAAUACCCUAAAGGAGGGUCCACAAGAGCAACAGAACAGAAAACAACAAGCUACAGACCAAUCUUCCGGAUACCAAGCUCUGAAGCUUGGACAAUCGAACAUUCCAAUAUCUCACCAAGGUCUAAACCACAAGAUGGAAUCUACAGAUGAUGGGUCAACUGGAGGAUACCAAAGUCUUUCACCAGGCACCAAAGGUCCAGGACCCAAGGCAGGAUCAUACAAAGGGGAUCAGCCGGGUGAUGAAUCAGAAUACCAUGGCUACCAAGACCCGAUGGAAAUGAACCAGGAUGGAUCAGCUCGCACACCUACAGAGCUGGACGUCUUCUCAAGUAAAGAGUACAAUAUUCUCAAUUCUGGGAAAGAAGUUGGAGAUUAUCAUGUCUACCAAGCGACGGAUGAUACUGGUGUGGAUGAAGGGAAUUACGAAGAUUUGGACCCCAAGACGAGACGUGAGGAUGAAUAUUCUGAGAUAGGUCAGAGUCAAAACCACGCACCCGGGACAACAGAUAAGGCCACUUUCGAACCGAUAUAUAGCGAUGAAGUGUAUUCGGAAUUUCAGUGAAAUUAGGGCAGCCAUAACUAACACCUUUGGAUGAUAUGUAGACGCGCUGUAAUGACAAAGGUCAAUGCGUCAUUGUUAACACUGUA